UGGCUUUGUUGCUGCUCUGCUAUGGCGACUUCAAAAGUAGUAAAACUGGAACUGUUUCUCCAGUGGUUACAGGUCAAUAAAGUGGAAUUACGUGGAUGUAAAAUCAAGUACUCUGACGAAAAUAAAGGCUUCGGAAUAUUUUCAUCUAGUGAAGUUUCUGAUGGGGUUCUACUCGUUGUUCCGUUGGAUUUGGCUAUUACUCCAAUGAGAGUUCUGCAAGAUCCUCUUCUUGGACCGGAGUGUAGAGCAAUGUUUGAAGAGGGAGAAGUAGAUGAUAGGUUCUUGAUGAUUUUGUUCCUAACAUUAGAGCGUCUCCGUAAGAAUUCUUCAUGGAAGCCGUACCUUGAUAUGCUUCCUACCACAUUUGGGAAUUCAUUAUGGUUUACUGAUGAUGAGCUUUUGGAGCUGAAGGGGACAACAUUGUAUCGUGCUACACAAUUGCAGAAACAAAAGUUGCUGUCUUUGUAUGAUGACAAAGUGAAGGAUCUGGUGAAGAAACUACUGAUUCUGGAUGGGGAUUCGGAAAGUGAGGUCUCUUUUGAAGAUUUCCUUUGGGCAAAUUCUAUAUUUUGGAGCCGUGCAUUGAACAUUCCUUUUCCACAUUCCUAUGUAUUUCCACCAAUUCAAGAGAGUCGGGAUAAUUGCAGUUCAGUUAAUGAAAGUUCUGAGGCUUCCACUAAUCAUAUUUCAUCUAGAGAGUUGCUUAAUGGACAAAAUGAAAAAAAAUGUGAGGUGCGUGGGGUUAAUGAUCAAGUCAAUGGAGCGGCUUCCAGUCCGACAUCAAAUCAAAGAGAGACUAUUUGGGUAGAGGGUCUUGUCCCUGGAAUUGACUUUUGUAACCAUGAUUUAAAGGCAUUGGCAACAUGGGAAGUUGAUGGAACAGGAUUAAUGACUGGAGUUCGUCCCUCCAUGUACCUUCUUUCUGCCGCACAAAAGCCCAUUCCAGAUGAGAAAGAGAUUUCCAUCAGUUACGGUAACAAAGGAAAUGAGGAAUUAUUGUACCUGUAUGGCUUCGUCAUUGACAAUAACCCAGAUGACUAUCUGAUGUUAGUUCAGUCAGAAAUAUGUGCUUUUCUGGUGGUAGUUGAUAUUUUACUGGAUGAGUGGCAUGUACAGGUCCAUUAUCCUGUCGAGGCAAUUCAGAGCAUGCCCUUUUCUGACUCCAAAGCGCUGCUUCUUGAAAUACAGAAAGCUGAAAUGCGGUGCCUAUUGCCAAAAGCUUUGUUGGAUCAUGGGUUUUUUCCACCUGGCUCCCAAAAGGAUGAAGACAAUAAUGAAUGCAAAGUUGAUCACAUCUGCAAUUUUAGCUGGAGUGGUCAGCGAAACAUGCCUUCUUAUAUAAAUAAGCUGGUGUUUCCGGGAAAUUUUUUAAGUGCAUUGAGAACCAUUGCUAUGAAAGAAGAUGAACAUUCUAAGGUUGCUUUAUUGCUUGAAGAGCUUGUUGGGUCUGAGAGGGAGGAGCAACCAUCAGAUACAGAAGUUAGAGCAGCAGUAUGGGAGGCUUGUGGAGAUUCUGGAGCUCUGCAGUUGCUUGUGGAUCUUCUUCAUAUGAAGUUGACGGAUCUAGAAGAGAAUUCUGGAACAGAGGACUGUGACUCUGAACUGCUUGGGAAGUUGUGCAGUACCGAAAGCCCAGGACUACAUGCAAAUUGUGAAGAUAACUCAAGCAAAGAGACUUGUGGCUUGACCCAAUACAAGAUGAGUAGAAACAAAUGGUCAAGUAUAGUAUAUCGGCGAGGACAAAAGGAACUCACUCGCCUAUUCUUGAGGGAAGCAGAGCAUGCCUUACAAUUAGCUAUUAGUGAAGGAAACUAACUUUUGAUUGAUUUUCCUCAUACUAUACAAUAGUUUUGUGAGCAGGAUGGAUCAAUUGGAUGUGUAAUCAUGUUUACGCCAACCCCAUAGAGAGUGUGCAUUGAGCUAUGGAAAAUAUGCAGUAUGCUUAAUUUGCAUGUGUAUGGCAAGUAUAUAUUUAUCUGAAAUCCCUUCUCCAACAGCAUUAUUAAAUCUUUUAGGCCUUGUAGUUGUUAGGCUAUAGAUUAGUGUAGACAAAAUCCCUUUCGAAUUUUUUUCUGAGAUUAUAUUACUUUCAUUUUGUCAAAAGAUUUGUUACUUUGAAUAAUUAUUUGUGAACUAGAAAAAUAUUCGAUUAUUUACGACUUCAUUAUCUAGGUGAUUUGGAUGUCUUUAUCUUUGCAUUUUUGUAGAAACUGAUUGCUCUACCCAAUACAAGAAGAGUAGAAACAAGUGUUCAAGCAUGUUGUCACAUCUACGAGGACUAAAGAACUCGCUUAUUCUUAAAGGAAGCUUGCCUUGCAAUUUGUUGUCAGUGUACAAUUUUCUCGUACUCUAUAGUCUAUACAUUGGAA